UGCGCGAUUAUGUACCCUGUUUUGGGAAUUUUAUUUAUGGCACGCGCGCUCUCGACGUGCUCCCUGGCUCUAUAACGCUGUCACCGACUACAAUGUCAAACCUUUUAGGAGUCUCGCGAGCUUCCGUUUUCACCCCAAGGACAGAAGAUCCGUCGUGAUUUAUUUGUUUAUUUAUUCGGUUUUUUUUUGGUUUUUUUUGGUUUUUACCCGAACUGACUCGACCUGAAGUGAUAUUUGUGCGUUAAAGUGAUGAUGACUUCACAAUAAACCAAGCUAAGGUCUAUGUUAGAGCGACGAAGACAGAAAUGGAGGUGACAAGGCGAAGAGACUCCAGUGGCCAGUUCUCUGACAACUCGGACCAUGACUGUGAGGUACAGAGGAAAGCAGCACGAAGUGUAACGAAUGUGGAAAAAACAGGGCAAUAAUGGCCAGAUACUCAGAGGGCUAUGGCACUGAGGAGGAGUGCGUCCAGUCCGAUCCUCAGCGAGAGAGCGAUGCAGAUGCAGACAUAGAGGAUGCAGACACUAGACUACAGGUCGUGGGCUCUCUCCAGCGAAUCAGCUCUCGGAAGCGAAGGCGUCAGCGAGUAACCCGGCAAGACACCACGGAGAGCGAGGAUGAUGGGGGGCAAAGCCACAGGAACCACCGCUGGAGUCUGAGAUUGAGUCCCCAUCGCUCACCUAAUAGAACCAUACUAGAGGAAAGUGUUUCUCAGGUCAGGCCACUGGUGAUUUGUCACUGUAAUCCAGCAGAUACCCCGGCUGCUUCAGCCAACCAACCCGAAAAAGGAAAAUGGUCGAUGAACAUAUGGCCUUUCUCUCUCUCUUUACCUCUUUUCUUCUUCCUCUUUCUUCUCCCCCUCUUCAUUUCCAUCAUAAUUGUGUUCUUUUCAUUCCUAUACCCACUUACUAAUACCUGACACCCCCUGCAACAGAUACCUCAAGGAAUCAUGUUUUUGUUGAUAUGUGUACUAUGAGAAGCACAAAAUUGGCCUUGAAAUGAAAGUGUAAUGUCUGAUACAUGUUAGCUAGAGGAUAUUAGUCGCAUUAAUUAUUUGAAUCCUUAUGGAAGAGUUUAAAAUGUCUGCAAUUUUAGUAAAUCCUUGAAAAUCACGAAUAGGUUUCUUUGUCAGACAGAAUGCUGUAAUUCAAUCCUUAUUCCUUUCUGUUAUCUUGACUUAAUUGUCAGUGUUUAAUCACCCACAAUAAUCCAUCGUAUUGCAUUUAUUAAUAGUUUUUUUUUUUUU